AUACCCAAGUGAGCCUGCGUAUCUAAACAAACGUCUUCAAAUCUCUCUUUGACCGUCGUACUCUCUCUCUCUCUCGCCCCACCGCCUUUUCGCCGCUGUUGCCACUGUUCAUUUUAAUCUCUCUCUCGCUCCCAUAUCUCUCUCUCUAUACUCACACGACCAUAAUUAUAUCUCUCUGAACGUCCUUUCUAGUGAAUAGUGAGAGAGAUAACGCACACAGACACACACACGCUUAUCCUCUCUACUCUACAAUCUCUCCCACGCUUAUCUAAAUCUCGCCGCCAACACUCUCUCUCGCUCUCUCCAGAUUCUCUUCACGAUUCUUCGAUCCAACGGCCACGACUCACGCGUCCUCCAAUCGUACUGCUAGGGCUCAUCUACGGGUAAAUAUUUGUGGUUUCACCUAUGGAACCUAGAUCUAGAAGAAGGAAUGUUGUUACUCAUGAAAACGGUGAGGUGAGCACGUCAUCUGUUGAAGAUGACCUGGAUCCAUGGACAGCCUGGGCAUACAGACCUCGUACUAUAUCAUUAUUACUUGUCGGUGCAUGCCUUCUUAUAUGGGCAAGUGGCGCUCUUGAUCCAGAAAAUAGUUCAGCUGGUGAUAUUGUUGUUUCAGUUAAAAGGGGCGUAUGUGCAAUGAUUGCAGUUUUUCUUGCAUAUUGCUUGCUACAAGCUCCCUCUACUGUUCUGAUUAGACCACAUCCUGCCAUAUGGCGUUUAGUUCAUGGAAUGGCUGUUGUCUACCUUGUUUCUUUAACAUUUUUGCUCUUCCAGAAGCGUGAUGAUGCUCGGCAAUUCAUGAAGUUUCUUCAUCCCGAUCUAGGUGUUGAACUCCCUGAAAAAUCCUAUGGUGCUGAUUGCCGAAUAUACAUGCCUGAUAAUCCCACAAACAGGUUCAAGAAUGUUUAUGAGACGCUUUUUGAUGAAUUUGUGCUCGCUCAUAUAUUUGGAUGGUGGGGCAAGGCUAUAAUGAUUCGGAAUCAACCCCUUCUGUGGGUUUUAUCAAUUGGUUUCGAGUUAAUGGAGCUUACCUUCCGCCACAUGUUACCAAAUUUUAACGAGUGCUGGUGGGACAGCAUUAUUCUUGAUAUUUUAAUCUGCAACUGGUUUGGUAUUUGGGCAGGAAUGCAUACUGUUAGGUACUUUGACGGUAGAACAUAUGAAUGGGUUGGAAUAAGUCGUCAGCCAAGUAUCUACAGCAAAGUCAAACGAACACUGGGUCAAUUCACACCAGCACAUUGGGACAAAGAUGAGUGGCACCCUCUGCUUGGUCCAUGGCGAUUUCUUCAAGUUUUAAGUCUCUGCAUUGUGUUCUUAACUGUGGAGCUCAACACAUUCUUUCUUAAGUUUUGUCUUUGGAUACCUCCUCGGAACCCCCUUAUUAUAUAUAGGCUGGUCUUGUGGUGGCUAAUAGCAAUACCCACAAUUCGUGAGUACAACUCCUACCUACAGGAUAGAAAACCAGUGAAAAAGGUUGGAGCAUUUUGUUGGCUGUCCCUUGCAAUCUGCAUCAUAGAGCUUCUUAUAUGUAUUAAAUUCGGACACGGUUUAUUCCCCAAUCCUAUGCCUAGGGGGUUGGUACUUUUUUGGACAUCUGUUGGUGUUACCCUCGUAAUAUUUUUGAUCACAUGGUCUUGUCAAUUGCAUCGGAUUCUGAGAAAAAAGCGACAAUGAUUUUACUUUUAGGUCCUUCAUUCUUUGAUUCAUUAACUCUUGCGGUAACCAUGAUGUAUAUACCUUGAUUUUUAUAGUUGUACAUGCUUACCUUCGUAGAUCUACAGUUUAUUAUGUAGAAAAUAAGAAUUCUUUGUCGUUGUUCUGUAGAGUAAUCUUAUGUCAACUUUUUUAGCUCAUAGUUUUGUGUUCAGAAAUCAGAACUGGUGUUCAAAUUAUUUUUAAUCCAUUUAGUUCUUUAGAA